UUUGAAACAAAAAUGGCGGAAAAGCAAGCGAAAGAAAGACAAGAUGGUUGUGCAGGUUUUGACAUUACUGCUAUCCCAGUUGAGGAUAACCCUGUGAAAAAGUCAUUGAAAAGAAGCCCCUCCACAAGCCCCACUUCAGCCCCCUCCUCCAAGUCCCCCCGGCACGACACGGCCCUGUCACCCACAGCAACACACACACCUGAGGCCGGAGAGCAGGCGGAGACAAACCAACAGGCCAUUCGGGCAGAAAACACAGCUGUCAGUCCCACUGCUGCACGGAGGAGAACAUGGAGGAGAUCCUCCUUAGCCCGGCGCUGUCUCCCUGCUCUUCCCAACCCAUACCAAGCUUUGUCAAAGAGCAUAUCAACAUCCUUACCACUGGAAGAAAGACUUGAGAAGUUGAUGGAAGCUUCAAUGAAGCUGGCAUUAGAAAGAACCCAAAGUUCUCUUCCAUCAGUGGCAAACAUCUCAUUGGAGUCUUUUAAAAAACAAGUUGAGACAAUACAGAAAGAGUGGGGUUGUCUUGCUAAAAGCCUUUACAGUGAUGCCUGUCAGCUCCCUUCAAAGGCAGUCAGUUCCAGUGAUCCCGCAAUACGAAAAGCCAUGGACAAAGUCCAAAUUGCCAUCAACAGGCUCCAGAAUGAAAGUGAGUCAUGGGAAACCCUGUUGAACAAACACCGGAGUAAAGCCGAAGAACUGGAAAGGAUGGUACAGCAGGGCCAAGAGAGCGGCAUUACCCUCAACACCAAGUCUUUGGCCCAGUCUUCAGUUUAUCAUUUUAUCCAGAGUAAACCUGACUACCAACUUCUCCUUCAUCGACAACAACCCAUGCUUCACACCAUCGAGACGAUUAUGGACACUCAGUGUAAGAUGGUUCGAAAGCUUCUGUCCAUAAAGGACCACUCGCAGUUGUUGGUGAAAAAGACCAGCAGCCAGUUGGCGGCACAGGCAGGAUUCCAGGAUCUUUCUUGUGAUAUCAGGAAUCUUAUGGGAGCACCAUUACCUACCACAUACAGUCCUGAUGGGAGCAAAGCAUAGGCAGUCCCGCCUAAAGUGAACAUGACCUUGUCUUAUAACUGAUUAUUUUAAAAGGUCCUUCCUUUUAUUCUCUUUUUGAAAGAUAAUUUUUUUUUACUCGCAAAUAAACUUCGUUGUCCGUUUCGUGUUUCCUGUUUGGUUGUACAGAAUCUGCAGAAAGGUGGAAUCUAGGUAAUGUAUGAGUUUGGCCAGCAGGUGGCAGUGGCUGGCUGUACAUAAUGGGGACAGCCUUUGUUGAAUGUAGUUCAGUGGCGUAUUCUCACCUGUGCAACAACAAACUGUUAGUACUGGUCUUUGGGGAAACUCGGGUGCUUUUAGAAAAAAAUCUAGCAUGCAAAACAAGCAUAAAUUCAUCCUUUUGAAGAAUAAAUGUAUAAACUGUUCUGUUAUAGAGAUCAGGAGUCGUUUUUACUCUAGUAAAAGGUUAACCUGUAAUACACUUUCCCAACAGGGUAAACUCA